GAACGGUUUGAAUUUUGCGUCUCUCGCUCUCGCUGCUGUGUAACGUUUUUGACAUGUUACAAUGUCUAGGAUAUUCCGACGAAAUCGCGAAAUGUAAAUUGUUGUAAUAGCGCAGGAUCGAAAGAAGCGAGCAAGACGCGUAGUUUUCACAGAAGGGAAUUGUUUAUUGACGUUUAGCGCGCUGAUAAGAUGUUGCAUGUCGAGCGGGCUGCCACCGAUCCCUUGGACGCGUAGUUUGCUCUAACCUUUUAUAUUUGUCACCUGAAUUGACAAAUUCAAGUCUUUGAUUUAUCCUAGAGCCUCGAGGUGAAUUUGUUACGUCGCUCUCGCUUCCGUUGAUUGCUACGCGAAAUCGAAGACAUGUCUGACAAGUUGGCCGAAUCGGUAGAAGACGACAACUCCGUUACGAUGCUCGAUGUUCUCCAGGUGGAAAAUCAGCUCGAAGAAGACGCGUAUGCGGUUUUGGGCGCCUCCGAUGAUCAGAAUUGUACUUAUAACAAGGGAUAUAUAAGGCAAGCAUUGUACGCAUGUAAAACGUGUUGUUCGGACAAAAUUCGAGCUGCUGUUUGUCUGGCAUGUAGUUUUCAUUGUCACGAAGGGCACGAACUUGUGGAAUUGUAUACAAAGCGACAUUUCAGAUGCGACUGUGGAAAUUCCAAGUUUAAUGGCAAACAAUGUAAUUUGGAGAAGCUGAAAUCUGCUAUCAACAUUGAAAAUAAAUAUAAUCAAAAUUUUGAUGGAGUUUAUUGUACUUGCGCGAGACCAUAUCCUGAUCCUGAAGGCGAUGAAGAUGACAUGUUCCAAUGUACAAUAUGCGAAGAUUGGUAUCAUUUGAAGCAUCUAGAAUGUGACAAUGGUAUACCUGCAGAUAAUGCAUACGAUGAAAUGAUUUGCGCAGGUUGUAUGAAACAACACAAUUUUCUAUGGAAAUAUGCAUCAAAAUAUGCAGUUUUGAGAAAAUCAGAUGUAAAAUCUGAUGUAUCUGAGAACAACGAAGAAAUAGAAGUCAAUCAGUUGUCAGAAGGAUGCCAAAUGCCAAAACAGAAUUGUGCUAAUACUAAAGGAAGCUGUUUUUGGAUAGAAGGUUGGAGAGCUGCAUUGUGCACUUGCGAAGAAUGCAAAUCAUUGUAUAAUGAAAAAGGCAUUGCAUUUUUACUCGAUCCAAAAGAUAGUGUACAAGCAUAUGAGGAAGCAGGCAAAAUGAAUAAGCAAGAAUCGCAAUAUGAGAAAGGUAUGAAAGCUCUUGCAAGCAUGGGACAUGUACAAAAGUUAACAGCAAUUGAAGAAUACAACAAUAUGAAAGAACGAUUGAUGCAAUAUCUACAAAAGUUUGCGGAAAACAAAAAAGUUGUUCGUGAAGAAGACAUCAAAGAAUUUUUUUCAGAAAUGGAAUCAAAGAAACGUCCGAAAGUGACAGUGCCAACAUAUUGUCGUUGAAUAAAAUAUUAUUAUAUACACAUGUAUAUUGGUAAUUUAAGAUUAUCAGUAUUGUGGAAAGGUGGGAGAAAAUAUGUGCAUGAUUUAAAAGAGACCAAGAGAGAAAAAAAAUUUAUUAAAGAGUUGCCAGUCUUAUCUGAUA